CUUCAGUUUGUUGUCUACUUAUGCACUCAGUGUACAGUUUAGUUUGUGGUGGGCUUGACCGGCCGAUAGAGUUAGUGGUUCACCGUCCGGCGGAGGCUGCCAAGGCUGCGGACUGCCGUGACGUCACGCUGCGGCCGAGAAGGGAUGUCCUCGACUUUGCUGCGUCCGCGGAGAACGAGCUGGGCACGGAGGGCGUGGAGCCGAGCACCCUCAAGUCGUACCACGACAGCAAAUGGAACGUUGUAGUGUAUCGCGAUGUCCCGAGCCAGAGCUGCUACCUGGAGAGGUUGAACAGCUCGGCGCCUAGCAGUGGCGCCAGCGGCCGGACGCUGUACGUCUCGCAGAAGGCGUUGUCCGAGACCGAGCUGGUGCGGGCGGCAGGCCCCAAGGCCGCCUCCUUCUGCGCGGGCCUGCAGGCGUGGCUGCUGGUGGAGGAGCAGCCCCCCGCGUCGUCGGCCACCCCGUCGCCGCCGCGGUCCCUGUCGCGGCGCCGGCGGCAGGUCCUGGUGCAGGGCUCGCAGCCCAAGAAGCACAAGGGCCAGACGCAGACGCAGUUCAUCGCCUUCGGCAACGGCAAGGAUGGCGGCACGGCCGAGGCCAUCGCGGGCGCCGACGGCACGUCCCGGUCCACGGUGCGCGGCGUCAACGGCAUGGGGCAGGCGCAGAGCCAGUCCGGCGUCGACGAGUGUGAGGGCUGCCCCGGCCAGGGCGGAGCGGGGGCCCCCGGAGCGCCUGGGACUGCGGGAGCGGCGGGAGCGGCUGGCGCUGGAGGUAUACCUGGACUUGGUGGUGCCGCCGGCGUUGGAGGUAUUCCGGGAGUAGGCGGCUAUCCAGGAGCUGGAGCGGGUGUCGGUGGAGCGUACCCUGGAGGCGUCGGAGGAGUGCCUGGAACCGGUGGUGGCGUCGGAGGAACCUAUCCUGGAGGCGCCGGUGGUGGCGUCGGUGGAACCUAUCCUGGAGGCGUCGGAGGAGUACCAGGCACCGCCGGUGGUGGCGCCGGAGGAACCUAUCCUGGAGGCACCGGCGGUGGCGUCGGUGGAACCUAUCCUGGAGGCGGGGCUGGAGGAACCUACCCUGGAGGCACCGGCGGUGGCGUCGGUGGAACCUAUCCUGGAGGCGGGGCUGGAGGAACCUACCCUGGAGGCACCGGCGGUGGCGUCGGUGGAACCUACCCUGGAGGCGUCGGUGGCGUGCCCGGCACCGCCGGUGGUGGCGUCGGUGGAGCCUACCCUGGAGGAGUCGGUGGCGUAGGUGGAGUGUACCCUGGAGGCACCGGUGGCGGCACCGGUGGAACCUACCCUGGAGGCGUCGGUGGAGUGCCUGGCAGCGCCGGUGGUGGCGCCGGAGGAGUCUACCCUGGAGGCACCGCUGGUGGUGUCGGAGGAACCUACCCUGGGGGUACCGGUGGCGGCGCUGGUGGAACCUACCCUGGAGGCGUCGGUGGAGUGCCCGGCACCGCUGGUGGUGGCGCUGGAGGAGUCCACCCUGGAGGCACAGGUGGAACCUACCCUGGAGGCACAGGUGGUGGCGUUGGAGGAACCUACCCUGGGAGCACCGGUGGCGGCGCUGGUGGAACCUACCCUGGAGGCAUAGGUGGAGUACCCGGCACCGCCGGUGGUGGCGUGGGAGGAGUGCCUGGUACCAGUGGCGGUGCCGGAGGAGCCUAUCCAGGAGGCACUGGGGGCGGCGUUGGUGGAACCUACCCUGGAGGCACCGGUGGAGGCAUCGGAGGAACUUACCCAGGAGGUGUCGGUGGAGUACCUGGCACGGCCGGUGGUGGCACCGGAGCAGUUUACCCUGGAGGCACUGGUGGAACCUACCCAGGAGGUACCGGUGGUGGCGCUGGUGGAACCUACCCUGGGGGCACCGGUGGAGGCAUCGGAGGAACUUACCCAGGAGGUGUCGGUGGAGUGCCCGGAACUGCUGGUGGUGGCGCCGGAGGAGUCUACCCUGGAGGCACCGGCGGUGGCGUGGGAGGAACCUACCCCGGAGGCACCAGUGGUGGCGCCGGUGGAAUCUAUCCUGGAGGCGGUGUUGGAGGAACGUACCCCGGAGGUGUCGGAGGAGUACCAGGCACCGCCGGGGGUGGCGCCGGGGGAACGUACCCUGGAGGCGUGGGAGGAGUGCCCGGCACCGCCGGUGGUGGCGUCGGUGGAACCUAUCCUGGAGGCGGCGUUGGAGGAACUUACCCCGGAGGUGUCGGAGGUGUACCAGGCACCGCCGGUGGUGGCGCCGGGGGAUCGUACCCUGGAGGCGUGGGAGGAGUGCCCGGCACCGCCGGUGGUGGCGUCGGUGGCACGUAUCCUAGGCACUGGCGGUGGCGCCGGGGGAACGUACCCAGGAGGCGUCGGUGGAGUGCCUGGCACCGCCGGGGGUGGCGCCGGUGGAACCUAUCCUGGAGGUGCUGGAGGAACCUACCCUGGAGGCACUGGUGGCGGCACCGGUGGAGCCUACCCUGGAGGCGUCGGAGGAGUGCCCGGUACUGCCGGUGGUGGCGCCGGUGGAGCCUACCCCGGAGGGGUUGGAGGAGUUGCUGGUACUGGAGGAAUCUAUCCUGGAGGAGUGCCUGGAGCCGGAGGUGGGUCCACUGGAGGCUAUCCUGGUGGCGUCGGUGGCGUUCCGGGCACUGGCGGUGUGGCUCAAUAUCCCGGGCAAGGAGCCGGAGGCGGUCAAUACCCCGGCAAGCAGGUGGUCAGUAUCCUGGGGGUGCUGCGGGUGGACUAUAUCCGGGCGCAGGAGCUGGCGGGCAAUACCCUGGCCAAGCAGGAGGCACCGCUGGUGGCGUUGGAGGAGGUGGAGGCCAAGGUGUGCCGGGUGGUGUUGGUGGCUAUCCUGGAGGAGCUCAAGGUACAGGAGGUGCCGGCGGCGCAUAUCCCGGCACUGCGGUUGGUUUCCCCGCCGGGACCGGGGCUGGAACGGUAGGAGGACAAUACCCUGGACAAGCGGGAGGCGUUGGCACAGCGGGAGGCCAGUACCCUGGACAAGCGGGUGGCGUUGGCGGCGGUACAGCAGGUGGCCAGUACCCUGGACAAGCGGGUGGCGUUGGAGGUGGUACAGCGGGUGGCCAAUACCCUGGACAAGCGGGCGGCGUUGGAGGUGGUGCCGCAGGAGGGCAAUACCCAGGACAAGCAGGUGGCCAAUACCCUGGGCAAGCCGGUGGAGUUGCAGGAGGCCAAUAUCCUGGACAAGCUGGGGGGGUUAAAGGAGGAACUGCAGGAGGACAAUACCCAGGCCAAGCAGGUGGCCAAUAUCCUGGACAAGCAGGCGGCCAGUACCCUGGACAAGCUGGGGUUGUCGGAGGAGGAACUGCAGGAGGGCAAUACCCUGGACAAGCGGGUGGAGUUUCAGGUGGCCAAUAUCCUGGACAAGCAGGAGGAGGAACUGCAGGUGGUCAGUACCCUGGACAAGCUGGUGGUCAAUAUCCUGGACAAGCAGGUGGCGUUGGUGGGGGCGCUGCAGGUGGCCAAUACCCUGGACAGGCAGGUGGGACUGCAGGAGGCCAGUACCCUGGACAAGCUGGUGGUCAAUAUCCUGGACAAGCAGGUGGUACUGCUGGUGGUCAGUACCCUGGACAGGCAGGUGGUACUGCUGGAGGCCAAUAUCCGGGCCAAGCAGGCGGAGUUGCUGGUGGCCAAUACCCUGGACAAGCAGGUGGCGUUGCUGGUGGUCAGUACCCUGGACAAGCAGGAGGCCAAUAUCCUGGACAAGCAGGUGGCGUUGCUGGUGGUCAGUACCCGGGACAGGCAGGAGGUACUGCUGGAGGCCAAUAUCCUGGACAAGCAGGUGGAGUUGCUGGUGGUCAAUACCCCGGACAAGCAGGAGGCGUUGCUGGUGGUCAGUACCCGGGACAAGCAGGAGGAGUUGCAGGUGGCCAAUAUCCUGGGCAAGCAGGAGGCGUCGCAGGAGGUCAAUACCCUGGACAAGCAGGUGGUACUGCUGGUGGCCAAUACCCGGGACAAGCAGGUGGUACUGCUGGUGGCCAAUAUCCUGGACAAGCUGGUGGCAUUGCAGGUGGACAAUAUCCUGGACAAGCAGGAGGCGUCGCAGGAGGUCAAUACCCUGGACAAGCAGGUGGUACUGCUGGUGGCCAAUACCCUGGGCAAGCAGGUGGUACUGCUGGUGGCCAAUAUCCUGGACAAGCUGGUGGCGUUGCAGGUGGACAAUAUCCUGGACAAGCAGGAGGUGUUGCCGGAGGCCAGUACCCAGGUCAAUCAGGAGGAGUCGCGGGUGGCCAAUAUCCUGGACAAGCUGGGGGCGUCGCAGGAGGUCAAUACCCUGGACAAGCAGGUGGAACUGCAGGUGGCGUUGCCGGAGGCCAGUAUCCUGGACAAGCGGGUGGCGUUGCAGGUGGUCAAUACCCUGGACAAGCAGGUGGCGUCGCGGGUGGUCAAUACCCCGGACAAGCAGGAGGAGCAGCAGGUGGUCAGUACCCUGGUGGCGUCGCUGGAGGCUAUCCGGGAGGCGGCGUUGGCGGAGUUCCUGGAUCUGGUGCUGGAGCUUACCCCGGCGGUGGCGUGGGUGGGGCCUACCCGGGAGGGGCGGGUGCUGGCGCUUAUCCCGGUGGAGCUGGCGGCGCAGGCGGCUACCCAGGCGGUGCUGCUGGCGGAGUUGGUGGCACUGGUGGCUACCCAGGCGGUGCUGCCGGCGGAGUUGGUGGCGCUGGUGGGUACCCUGGCGGUGCUGCCGGCGGCGCAGGGGCGGUGGGCGGCGUCGGUGGCGGCGCUGGUGCUAUUGGCACCGGCCCGCUCGGCUCCAACGAGGGCGACGCCGUGGCCACGUCCAGCAUCUCCUCCACCCCCGACGGCCUCACCAAGCUGGAGGCGUCGUCCAAGGGCCGCUUCGGCUCUGGCGUCGCGCACACGGCGGUUGACGGCAGCUACUCGGGCACGGGCACCUUCGCGGCGUCCGCCCAGACCGGCGACGAGCUCAAGUCCUCCAAGACGUCGGUGUCGGGCUCCCCGCAAGGGUCCUCGAGUGUAGCGCAGUCGCAUGGAGGACGCGAGCAAGCGCAGACGCAGGUGACCAUGGGCACGGACGGCAGCGGCACGAGCGCCUUCUCCACGAGCCAGGGCAUCACGUACGGCACCAACACGCAGGUGCAGGCCGGGCUGGGCGGCGGCAUCGCGGACGCGCAGAGCCGCGGCCCCGGCGCCACGGCCUCGCAGGCGCAGAUCGGCUUCCUGCCGCGCAACCAGGACCAGCCCAACCCGUACCGCGGCGGCGGCACGGCCGUCUCGCAGUCCGGCCCGCUGUCGGGGCUGUCCACGGCCGAGAUCGAGGGGUCGUACCGGUACGGCAUCGCGUACAAGGGCGGCGCGCAGGCUGCCUCCGGCCGUCCGCUGCCGCAGUCCACGAUGCGCCUGCAGGCCAUGAAGGCCCUGAACGAGUCGCAGACCGUCGACGAGCAGUACCGCGUCGAGAGCAACUCCACUGGCAUCGGCGCCAUCACCGGCACCACCAGGACCGCCGGCGCCAGCCUCACGGAGCACGAGGUGGAGAUGCUGGCCCGGCAGACGGCCGGCCACCACAUCGUCUUCAACGAGACCCUCACCAUCUCCACGCGCAACGAGACCGUCACGUUCGACUCGACGAACCGCGAGCACUCGCCGGCCACGCCGCCGCCCGCGCUCCUCGGCCCCGUCACCGGCCCGCCGGCCGCGGGUUCCACGGAGGACUCCAGCGAGGAGCCCAACACGCUGCGCGGCGACACCACCUUCACGCCGCCCCGCCAGGAGCAGCCCAGCACGCUGGCGCCCUCCCCGGCCCCCGCGCCCGUCGGCAAGGGCGGCGUGGAGGAGUUCGACGAGUACGAGGACUACGAGGACGAGGAGGAGGCGGACCUGAGCGACGCGCACCAGGUGGGCCAGCGGCCGCCCAAGUACCAGGACGGCGGCGCGCGCCUGCCCGAGCGCGGCGACCUCUUCUCCUCGCGGCCCAAGUCGGAGACGGAGAGCGUGGCGGCCGGCCAGCAGAACGCCGUCAAGGACGCCGCCAAGGACGCCGUCAAGGACGCCAAGGGGAAGCCCGGCAGCAAGAAGGGCCGCGGCAGGAAGAACAUGCUGCGGCAGGGCGCGCGCAGGAAGCUGGACGCCAAGAGCAGCAACCGGGCGCUGGUCCGCAGCGGGGACACUGUGAGCGGCCCGGUGCCGGACGGCUUCAUCAGCGUUACCAAGAGCGUCACCGGGCAUCUGCCCGCCCUGGGCACGCCGUCGGCGGCCAUCACGGCGCCGGGGGCGUUGCCGGGGACCGGCACCGCGGCCGCGGCGGACGGCGCCGACCCCAAGGCGUUCGCGCACACGUACUACACGGCCGCCUCGGCCUGCGGCUUCUUCAGCUACGCGUGCAACGAGGUCGCCGGCGAGACGGGCAAGACCAGCAUCUGCAAGCCCGGCGCCACGCCCACCCGCAUGGACGGCACGCCGUGCUGAAGGCCGGGAAGGGCCGGCCGGCAAGCCAGGCGCGGAUCCAGGGGGGAGUGGUGGGGGUCAUCAUUCCCCUCCGUGGGCACUACAUAGGCUAGGCCCCCGCCUGGACGGUAGGCAAAAUGCAAAAUGCACUGCUUUUCUCCUGGAGGCCGCCCAGCAAUACUUUACCCCCAUCCUCAUCCUUACAAAAAUCCUGGGUCCGCGCCUGCUGCAAGCCUGCAGCCACCCCGAGCUGAUGGACGGACGCGAAGAGUCCCCCUGGAUUCGGACCCAGACCCAAAUCUGGGGAGGAAUAGAGUUUCGUUCCGGCGGUCCAGACAUAUUCAUAAGUAUUUUACUUCAUGUUAUAUUCCAUGUACAAAAUUUUGAAGUCACCCUGCUUUGGUCUCAGACGACAUGACAGUCUCACAUAAACUUUGUACAAACCCAUGACAGACUGUAUGUAUAAAUAAGCAUUUUCUUUGAUAACUCAUUUUCAUUAAGGUGCUGGCGUGUUUUAUAGAAAGUUAGUGGCUUCAUAUUUGAAAUAAAAACAUGCUGCUAGAGCAUGUUGAGAGUGGACUUCCCUAUGAUAAGAAAAGUGUAACAAUGCUGACACAUAGGAUGCAGUAAGAAUUGAUGUUUUGUCUAAUAUAAUUUAUUGUAGAGUUUUCUUACCAAUACAAUAUCAGAACAAAUCACCGAA